AUGGUCGUCACCGAUCGCAUCAAGGAGCGUGCCCGCCACAUUCAGCGGUAUUACCACGCCGACGGGCCCAUGCUCUAUAAGUACCUGAUCACUCCUGAGCAUCUCGCCAGAGUUGAGCUUCUUCAGCCCAAGUUCAGAUUCGAUGACUUCCCCGACGAUACUCAAGAGUUCCCCCCCAGCUGGCAGGACGCCUCGGAUUCGUCAGGCAAGAACUCUCUGUCGGGCGUCUUGCACAGCCCUGCAUGGACGUCUCUGCCAACUCAAUCCCAGCCUGCUUCUGGACAGGCGACCGAGAUCAAAGCAGAGGCCCCAUCUAAGUCUGAUGGUGCUGACCAUGAUGGAUUUGCUCAAAAUCCUCCUAUCCAGGCCACCACCCAGCUGUCUCUCGAGGACCCUGAAGACCAUGCCAACGAUGGACAGAGUGCAAUCUCGUUGUUGAAGGCUCUCAUUUACCGGACUCCCGCGCAAACCCCCUGGACCGACCAGCAAGCCGAAAGUGGCCCCCGCCAUCCUCAAAACUUCUCGGAGCAUUCAAUCCCCGAUGUCGACGGCUGGGGCAGUCGACGCCGACUUUCUGACCCUUGGAGCCCUGCCGAUCAGGGUUCUGGCGAUGGUGGGGACGAUGACAUCGAAAUUGUCCCUGCUUCUCAGAUUGCCAAAGCUCCGACUUACUCGCUCGACAACGGGGAGUCCUCCAUGACCCAGCAUCGAGCUACCAAGCAUAACUCGCCCGGCGCCACGUCGGUCCUGAAGCGCCUCAUUGCAGACGCACUUCAAUCUUUCGGUAACUUCCUCGCCCCAGACGUCUGUGUGCCUUCCGAUAGCCCUUUUGCUAUGCGAGCCCAGGCCGGCCCGGCUGAGAGUCUUGGUGCCCCCAGCAAGGAUGGGUCCAAGAAGGAGUUCAAGUGCUCAAAGGAACAGGUGGCCAAGUAUGUCAAAUGGUGCAAGAAGCAGCAGCAGAAGAAUUUUGGUGACAAGGGGGACUCACAAAUGGACCCGAAGAGCCAUGAUGGGAAGGGUAAGGGAAAGGAGGUCUAG